GAAAUGCUUCCGGGAUUUGCUUCCAGCAACUUUGCUCGCCGUGUGUAGACGCAGCUCAUCGCUGCUCUCAGGUGCAGCCUCGUGGCACAAGGAAGUAACGUCCGACUUGAAACUGUGGCCAUACAAUCUCCAUCUCGCUGGACGAGUUGAGAUUACUCUGUGUUCCACCGAACACUCUAACGGAUCCCAAGGAGACCGCCAGGCAAUCCGCAUCUUCAUCCGUUUGCCUGCAGAAGUGAAGAGAAAAGAUUUCUCUUCCCUCUUCAAUCAAGUCAACAUCACUGAUUUCUCCACCAGCCCGCCGAGAAUCAGCAGCCGUACCGCCCGCUGACAGAGCGAGGAAACGGCCUCCCGUCAUCACCCAAGCCUCGAGGAACCGAAUCCGAGUUAAAGGAUGGAUGAACACACAUUCUGCAUCCUCAUGCGAUUCAAGUAAGAGGUUUACGUCUGGGCAGAGAUAGAAUAUUAUAGUGUGUUUUUCUUGUGCAUCAAGGUUAUUGCUUGUACAGUUUACGAACCGCCAUGUCUGCUCAUUAUUAAUACUCAGGGUAUUAAUUAUCACAAAUUUGAUUUGUUGUAUUGUAGUCCAACCACAUUGGGCUGUUGUGCAUUUCCAUCGCAGGUGAGACCGGCAAACUGAGUUUAUCCAUUAAAGAAUCAAAAACCGUUGGACGGUUUACGAGCCGUCCACCGCGUCUCUGAGUGAUAAACUAACAGCUGCUUUCUCUCCCACGAUCGCGAAAUCGGCUUUGGGUCCGUCACUUAAUUCUCUCUCUCUCUCUCGUACUAACCACACACACACACACACACACGCGACCCCUCACAAACAUUCUGGCACACAUUUUUGGCUAGUAGAUAGCUUCGUGAUAAAGCUCAGUUUUGUCCCUAAGCUACCAUUGACUGGUUUCUCUCCGCCCACAUUUGCGGCCAGAAGUGGCCGGAAGUCUCGCGUGACAUACUCUCCACGAGAGUCACGUCUGCCAUUUUGUGCGCGUUCCUCCUUACACACACACACACACACACACACACACACACACCUUAUGUGUUAUAGGAUUAUUUUAGUUUCCAUAUCUAAUCAUAUCACUGUUUAGUUUGUAGUUGUAAGUCGGAAGUUUAUUGACUGCAUUGUAUUAAUUAUUAAUUGAUAUUACUGCAUAAAUAAACUUUGUUAUAUUACAAAGAGAAGUGUUUUUGUUUGUUUUGCCUACACCUGUGUCAUGCUGACGGGAUGUCAGUGCUCAGAUUCAAGCCUUCAUUCAUUGUUUUUUUUUUUCGAAGAUCGAUAUUCUUCGGAUGUCGAUUUUCCUAAGAAAACAAUCUAAUAUUGAGACUGUUAUACUAUCUGGUUAUUAGUCCCUGAUUCCAGGGUGGUGCCCCAUCAAUGUUAAUCCUUAUUAAUAUUCUAUUGAUUUUUGAUAAUUGAUAAUUAUCUUUGACGAUUGUUGAUUUUGAAGGAUCAAUAAGCUAGUGUUAAUUUUAAUUAAUGUAUCAUAGAUGUUAAUGAUUGGUGAUUAUCUUUGAUAAUUGUUGAUUUAAAGGAUUAAAAAAGCAAACAUUGAUUCUCAUCAAUGUUCUAUUGAUUUUAAUAAUUAAUAGUUAUCUUUGAUAAUUAUUAAUUAUUGCUAAUAACCAAACCCACUCCUAAACGUAGCGCACUACAUUUACUGGAGCCCCAUAUGAGGUUUUAAUGAGUUAAAUUAAUUAAUUUAAAUAUGAAUUAAUAACUAAAGAAACAAUUAUUAAUUAUUUCUGAUAGUAACACUGAUCUAAACAACCUGUAAAGCCCUACAAAUAUAUUUGUGGCAGCGGGGGCAUGGUCAAGCAUCUCUCCGGAGAGAGAAAAAGCGGUAAGGGCGCUUACACCUGAGCUAAAUUAUGUAUAACACCUGUCUCUAAUUUCAGUGAGCACGGGGAGAGCGGCAUAAAUAGAGACACACCGCAAAUAGGAGGGAGAGAGAGCCUGGGCACGACAGACCCGAGCAAGAAGCUAGGAGUUUCUUUACAAAUGUUGAGAGUUUAUUUUUGUGAAGCGGUGUGCGAUUGAUGACACCGUUGGAGGAAGCUAUCCGACUUGCGGAGGACCACAUGGCGGCGAUCCCGAGGACAGAAGAUCCCUCCUACCUUCUCUCUCCUCCCUCUGUUUCUUCCCCCUCCCCUCUCUCUCUCUCGUCUGCUUUCUCUCCAGGUCCCGUUCCUGCCCCACGCAGACGAGGAGGAACCCAGCCCCUGAGACCAGUUCCCCGGGUGUGGGAGGCGACACCUUCCCCUACUCCAGUACCCCGCCGCUCUCCCCCUCAGGGGGGGGCGCCCGCCGACGCAAGUGCGGGCGUGGCGCCUGGGCCGGCCUGCUGGAGGUGCGGAGACCCGAGCCACUUCCGAGAUCAGUGCCCUCUGAUGGAGCUGGGGACGAGGGUGCGGGUCUCUGACCUCCCACAGGCUGCCCCCGACCGGGCCGGAGCGUACCGGAUACCGACAGAUGCUUCAGACAGGGGGCUGGGGGCUGUGCUCUCGCAGGUGGUGGGAGGGGAGGAGCGCCCGGUGCUGUACAUUAGCCGUAAGCUCUCGUUAAGGGAAACUAAGUACAGCACCGUGGAAAAGGAGUGUCUCGCCAUCAAGUGGGCGGUCCUCACUCUCCGAUACUACCUGUUGGGGCGGGCCUUCACCCUCUGCUCGGAUCACGCCCCACUCCAGUGGCUCCACCGCAUGAAAGAUACUAACGCCCGAAUCACCCGUUGGUAUCUGGCUCUUCAGCCGUUUAAGUUCAAGGUGGUCCACAGACCGGGGGCGCAGAUGGCUGUCGCCGACUUCCUUUCCAGGAAUGGGGGGAGUGGUAGGCAGGCCGGAUGUCGCCCCGGCCUGAGUCGGGCGGUGGGGAUAUGUGGCAGCGGGGGCGUGGUCAAGCAUCUCUCCGGAGAGAGAAAAAGCGGUAAGGGCGCUUACACCUGAGCUAAAUUAUGUAUAACACCUGUCUCUAAUUUCAGUGAGCACGGGGAGAGCGGCAUAAAUAGAGACACACCGCAAAUAGGAGGGAGAGAGAGCCUGGGCACGACAGACCCGAGCAAGAAGCUAGGAGUUUCUUUACAAAUGUUGAGAGUUUAUUUUUGUGAAGCGGUGUGCGAUUGAUGAUUAACUUUGUGCUGCAGAGAGAGAGAAAAUAAACUAUAACCUGAACCAGGAAAACUGCUUCUCGUCUCCUCUUUACAAUAUUAAAAUUAGCUGAUAUUUAAAUUACAACCCCAAUUCUGAAAAAGUUGGGACAGUAUCAAAAAUAGUAUACUAAUAAAAACAAAAAGG